GGGCGGACGUGCGCAAGUGCGCAGGCGCGAGUGUGGGGCGGGCUGUGAGCGGAAUCUCAGCGAGCCUCAGUCUCUGCUGCAUCCCCUUGCCUAUCGCCAUGGCCGCCUACAAGCUGGUCCUCAUCCGGCACGGCGAGAGCGCCUGGAACCUGGAGAACCGCUUCAGCGGCUGGUACGAUGCCGACCUGAGCCCGGCGGGCCACGAGGAGGCGAAGCGCGGCGGACAGGCGUUGCGAGAUGCUGGCUAUGAAUUCGACAUCAGCUUCACCUCCGUGCAGAAGAGAGCAAUCCGGACCCUCUGGACAGUCCUGGAUGCCAUUGACCAGAUGUGGCUGCCAGUAGUCAGGACCUGGCGCCUCAAUGAGCGACACUAUGGGGGUCUGACUGGUCUCAAUAAAGCAGAAACUGCUGCUAAGCAUGGUGAGGCACAGGUAAAGAUCUGGAGGCGAUCUUACGAUGUCCCACCACCGCCAAUGGAGCCUGACCAUCCCUUCUACAGCAACAUCAGUAAGGAUCNUAACUAA